AUAUUAUAAUUUUAUUUCGUUACUUCGACGUUCUUGCCUCUGGUCAAAUAAGGCUCACUCUUGUGUCAAGCCCUAUUUAAACAAGUGACUUUGCCUGAAAAAACUUAAAUCUCUAACUCAUCGAUCCAUCUUAAGACAAGAACAACAAUAACAAAGUCAACGGUGCAGUAUAUAAUUCUUGUGUGACUCUUAAUAUCAUUAAUGGAAGGAAGCUUGGAAGGUAUGCUGAUGAAAGUGAGCAUUUUCGCUCUGGUUCAAGCUCUUGUAUAUCUUAUUCUGUCUACAUCUUCGAGUGUUUUCUCUAAGUCAAACACGAUGAAGAGACUUCAUAGUUUCCGGUCAGCGAGAUCCAUGAGCAUCAGCCGGAUUCUGGCGGUUCUUCAGGAUAUGCCUGCAGGCGGCGAGAUUUCUCCUUCUUCCAUGAGUCUCUCUUCUUUUCUUGCUUCUCCUUCAUCGUCACCACGUAUAUGAUUCAGUAUUUUCUGGUGAAUUAUGUUUGAAUAUUGUCUCUGCAUGUUAGAUAAUGUUCAAAUUCCUUUGUUUAUAAAUUUUUUUUUUAUAAAGUUUAUUUGUAAUUUAAUCUCCAAUUUGAUUCAUGAUUGAUUAAGAAAACAAGAAAUGACGUGAGCCCGUGUUAAACAAAAGAAACAAAACGUCAGCGUGUUAGU